AUGGCAGUAACUAAGGCAUUGUCCCGAGCUUACUUACCGACCCUUGAUGUGGCUGAAAUGAAAGCUUUUGACUUAUCUGUCAGCAGGGAGAGGCAAGAAGACAGGGAGCGCACCUUUACUGAACUAAGAGGACUAUACACUGUAAUCAUUAAUGGUUUGCUUGACACAAAGAAUGAAACUCCAGUCAGUAUACGGGAUUACUGGACAUCCCAUGGUGAACUAUCAGUAAUGAAUGGUGUUAUAUUUAAGUCUACGUGCGAACUUACGAUUUCACUUAGGACAAAAAGCUUCCCUGACAACCUACUUUCCUUUCUUUUGCACAUGCGCGGUACAUAUUUCCGUGUUUACAUCGGUGUCGUCUGUACCCCCCCCCCCCCCCAAAUGGAUAAAUUGGCAAAGAGAAAACCGAACUGGACAAAUGCAGAGAUAGAGGUGCUGGUACAAGCUGUCACAGAUAAUAUUAAGUUGGUAAAAGGAAAAUUCACACCAUCUAUAACCAAUGAAGUAAAAAAUCGUUGCUGGGCCGAGAUAACGUCACAUGCUACCGCCGAAGCGAAUAUUGUUGGAACAAUUUCAAAGUCCUCGCUGGAAGGGGUGCCAGGAGGGGUGGACACCUCAGCUCCAUCACAAAGUCUGAUUAUGGAGAAGGAAACGUCAUAUGUGUAUGAAGCAUCCCCUGCCUCCAUCACGCAAAUGAAACACUCUAUUCCAGAUCACCUGAGCCGAAGGCUCAAGUGA